AUCGUAAACUAGAAGUACCACUGAAACCAUAUGUCGUGUGAUUAUUGAUCAAAAAUAUGUUAUUGUGAAAAAUAUUUACAAGGGACAAUAGUACAACCUCUACUUAGAUAGUUAGCUAUUAAAAAAGAAUAGUCAGAUGAUAUCAAUUCAUCCAGCCACUAAGAGAAAUAUUAUCUGAUUAAAAUGAAAAAAUAAACAUAGUAGAACGAGGCAAUCCCAGAACUUUAGUUUCUAAAUAGAUUAAAAGACUUUAAUUGUGUUCCCUUUCUCAUUAAUCAUGGGGAGUAAGUGAUUAAAGGAUCCAAAUACCAUUAUCAGGUCAUGGAACGUCACGGUCCUUCCAUUAAACUAAUAUACAAUUAUUUAUCUAGAAACAUACCAUUACCAAUUUUAUGUCUGAUUGCAAUUCAAGCAUUGACCUGCUUAGAGAUAGUUCACAAGCAUUAGAUAGUCCAUAGGAACAUAAGACCGAAAAAAUUGUUGAUCUCUCUAAGUGGCAAUGAAAUUUUAUUAAGCGAUUUCAAGUAUGCUUGUAGAUUUAAAAAAUAAUAUGGAUCGCUGAUGGUAAACGAAAACUAUAAAUUAAACUCAAACAAACUAUUUCUAAACAAAUAUUCAAGUGUCAAUCAGCAUCUUAACCAAGUUCCAACACCCAAAGACGACCUUGAAUCUCUAGCCUACAUUCUACUUAUGUAUGCCUCCAAUUCCACUGUAUUCUAAGUUAAAGCUGAGAACAAGGCACUUAAACUCAAAAAGUAAGAGAGCAUUAAAUUGUCAAUUAUUCCUGAAAUCGUCUUUAAAUAAGCUCCUCUUGAAUUCAUUCAUUUCCUCCAUCUAGUGAAGACCAGUAAUGCUAACGACUAUCCCUAAGAUUAUGAGAAAUUUAAGCAACUAUUUAGAAAAAUCAUUUAGCUUAGUGGGUAUACUGAAAGAGAUCUCUCUUACCCUCUGUUUCAUAUGAAUUUACAAGAAAAUACAUAACAAUAACAAUUUCAUAGUUAAACUAGCAAGUUUAAGAAAAUGCAACACCAAAAAAUGAGUUCAGAAUCAAUCAAAGAAGAAGAAGCAGAUGAUGAGAUGUCUGUAUAUCAAACGGAAAAAGUGGGUGAAGACAGAACUAUUGAACCAUUGAUUAAAGGAUUGGCAACAAAGUAAUUUAAACAUAUUUCUUUUUUAAAUUAACCUUAAGCUGCAUCAUAAAUUGUAAAACUUAAAUUUACUAAGAAAUGA